ACCCCGCGGGACGCAGGAACCAAGCGAGGCGGUGUGCUCCACGGACCGACGUAGUCUCAGCUCUGCAGAGAGCGUGAGUUCACGGAACCGAGACCGCCUGCCGCCGGGCAGGUGUGGUGGACCUCCGAGUCCGUGUGGGUGGAGUGCAGCGUGGGCGGGGCUCAGAGCUGCGAGGGCCAGCUCCCGCGGGCGCCUGCUCCCGGCCUUCCCACCCGGGAUCCCAACGGAGAUGACCGCCAGCAAGCGGGUGGCCAAGGAGCUGGAGGACCUUUCGAAGCAGCUUCCGCCGUACCUGUGGCGCCUGUCCAGCGAUGACGCCAACGUACUGGUGUGGCACACGCUCCUGCUGCCCGACCAACUUCCCUAUGGACUCAAGGCCUUCAGACUGCAAAUUGAUUUCCCCAGGGAGUAUCCACUUAAGCCUCCCACUUUAAAAUUCAUCACCAAGAUCUACCACCCCAACGUCGGUGAGGACGGGCUGGUGUGCCUGCCCCUCAUCAGCAGGGAGAAUUGGAAGCCUUAUACCAAGGCCUAUCAAGUCUUGGAGGCCCUCAAUGUUCUCGUGAACAGACCGAACCUGGAAGAGCCCGUGCGUUUGGAGCUUGCUGACCUCCUGACUCAGAACCCGGAGAAGUUCUGGAAGAAGGCGGAGGAGUUCACGCUUCAGUUUGGAGUGGACCGACCCUCUUGUGGUUCUGAGGCCUCUCUGCCUGGAUCUUCCGCUUAGUGGGUUGAUACCACAGUCUGGUGGCAGAGGCCUUUGGAGGCUCAAGUUCUCCUUUGGAGCUGCUGAUAUGGCCCCCAGUGUGUGUGUGAGGGGAGGGCUGGGCCUGUGUGGCGCGUACUCCUUCCCUGGCUCAUGUGGCUGUAGAUGUGCCAUCCCCACAUCCUCGGUGGCUCUGGUGAAGUUAGGUCUGCACAGUUUCAGGUUUGCUUGCUUUCCAGUUCUCCAACUUAGGCCAGGCCAAGUGGCAGAAAACACAACCCCAGGACCCAAGCCUGGAGGGGUGGGGAGGGAGGCAGGACCGUGCCCGAUGGCAGAGUCCACAAAGGGGCCACAUUCGCUGCUGAGUGAUCGGAAUCAACUACACUUAGGAGAGGCAUGCCCAGAUUGACGUGUUAAACAGUUUAUUUUCUGCUGGCGAAUCUCAAAAUAAAGAGCCUAUCUACCCUC